GGCGGGCCGGCCCAGGCCUAUAUAUUGAGUUGGCGCCGGCGCCAGCUGAGCCGAGCUGUAGAGGGUCUGGCGAAGUUUCAUAGGCCUCAAAGAGAAUGUCGAGACGCAGUAGCCGUUUACAAGCUAAGCAACAGCAUGUCCAGCCCAACCAGCCAGACUCUCCACAAGAAGCCCAGAUAUCUCCACAGAUAAUUCAGGCCAAGAAGAGAAAAACACAGGAUGUCAAAAAAAGAAAAGAGGAGAUCACCAAGAAGCAUCAGUAUGAGAUUAGGAAUUGUUGGCCACCUGUACUGUCUGGAGGAAUCAGUCCUUGCAUUAUCAUUGAAACACCCCAUAAAGAAAUAGAAACAAGUGACUUCUCUAGAUUUACAAAUUACAGAUUUAAAAAUCUUUUUAUUAAUCCCUCACCUCUGCCAGAUUUAAGCUGGGGAUGUUCACAGGAGGUUUGGCUAAAUAUGCUACAAAAGGAAAGCAGAUAUGUGCAUGACAAACAUUUUGAACUUCUGCAUUCUGACCUGGAACCACAGAUGAGGUCAAUACUUUUAGACUGGCUUUUAGAGGUGUGUGAAGUAUACACACUUCAUAGGGAGACAUUUUACCUGGCCCAAGACUUCUUUGACAGAUUUAUGUUGACACAGAAGGAUGUAAAUAAAAAUACACUUCAACUUAUUGGGAUUACCUCAUUGUUCAUUGCUUCCAAACUUGAGGAAAUCUACGCUCCCAAACUCCAAGAGUUUGCUUAUGUCACUGAUGGUGCUUGCAGUGAAGUAGAUAUCUUAAAGAUGGAACUCUCUAUAUUAAAGGCUUUAAAAUGGGAACUUUGUCCUGUAACAGUCAUCUCCUGGUUGAAUCUUUUUCUCCAAGUUGAUGCUGUUAAAGAUGUUCCUAAGGUUCUUCUACCUCAGUACUCUCAGGAGACGUUCAUCCAGAUAGCUCAGCUUUUAGAUCUGUGUAUUCUAGCCAUCGACUCAUUAGAAUUCCAAUACAGAAUUCUAGCUGCUGCAGCUUUAUGCCAUUUUACCUCCAUUGAAGUAGUUAAGAAAGCCUCAGGUUUGGAAUGGGAUGACAUCUCAGAAUGUGUAGACUGGAUGGUGCCCUUUGUCAGUGUAAUAAAAAGUGUAAGUCCAGUGAAGCUGAAGACUUUUAAGAAGAUACCCAUGGAAGACAGACACAAUAUCCAGACACACACAAAUUAUUUGGCUUUGCUGAAUGAAGUCAACUGUGUGAACACCUUCAGGAAAGGAGGGCAGCUGUCACCAGUGUGUAAUGGAGGCAUCAUGACCCCACCGAAGAGCACUGAAAAACCACCAGUACAAUAUUGAAGCUAACAACAAAUGGGAAUUGGGCAAAUACUGGAUGGUUUCAUACAAAUGAGUAAGUUUUACAGGAAAACAGUGCUGUGGCUAUCCUUGCCUACUAAGGAGUUACACUGCCAUUCUUUUAUUUAAAAACUACGUCAAUUUGGCACUAAAUGCCUAGGAUGCAUGAAGCCUUGGGUUCAAAUCCCCAGCACUACAAAAGAACAAAACAAAAACUUCCAAGAAAGAAAAGAUUUGUUUACAAAGGUGACAUCACUCCCAAGGAUAGUGGAUGGAAGCCAGCAACAGUUUAUGCUAUAGCAAUUGUUCCUGUUGGUUACUGUGUUUCUUUAAAAUCCAGUGUUACUGUGUUUCUCUUGAUGAACUAGGAAUUUUAUCAUUGGAAUAUGGACCAGACUAGUGCUACCUUAAAGGAUACAUUAGCUGACACAGAACUUUGAAUCUAAAUGUUAGAUUCUUAAAUUCUUAUACUCUUGAAUGGUGCAAUUUGUUUUUUGAAAAUAAAAAUUAAACUUAUUUACAAAGAUUGUUUUGUAAUAAAGUGACUAAAGCUGUUUGUAGCAAACAAUGAUAAAACUUGAAGUUUUACAAAUGGUGAAGCUCAAUCUGUUUUUAACUAGUUUGUUUGCCUUGCCAUAAUGUUUCUUAAUCAGUAAGGCACUGAACCAGAUGUUUAAACUGUGCUUAAACAAUGGGAGAACCAAAGAAAUUAUAAACAAGAUAAAUGCUUUGGCUUCUGCUCUGGGGUUUUUCUUGAUAGAAAGUUUGCUUUAUAAUCUUUUUGUGUAUCACAAUUUGGGUAAACUAUUUAUAUUAAGAAAGUCACUUUAUUAUACUAAGCUAUCCCUAAGUAUGUUUGAAAAAUGUAGUGUGACUGAGACUUUUAUGUUUGCAGAACUGGCAGUCCAUUUUUAAGCCCCAUAUUAUGGAUGAGGACCAUGUUAGCAUGGUAACCUAACAUGUGACCUAAACUUCUAUUUUCUUAUGGCGGAAAAAUAUUAAAUGUAUACUGACUCUAGAAAUCUAUUUAUUUAAACUUUCUGUAUAUAGAAUAGCUACUUAUACAUUAAAUAUUUUAAGUUAGCCUUUGAAAAGGAAAUUUGGGCCUAAAGUCAAUCUCAUUAGAAAAAAAGUGGUACCAGAUUAUCAGACAUGUGACAUGUGAACUUUUUCUCUCUUUGAAGAAAUUAUAAGCUAUUGUUAAGAUAUGAAGUUUUUAAAAGUUUUUG